UUUUUUCGGCGUGAGAGGUUUUUAGCGUGGGUUAUCAUUCAUUGUGUGUUAUUAUUUUUGGGUUUACAAAGGUAAAGUUUAAUUUUGCGCAUGGAAGAAUGUGUAUGGGACCCUUUAGCAGAAGUUUUUAUAUCUCUCUCAGGAAGUUCCAGUGAUGAAGAGGAUAUAUUCUGUCUUUGUAGUCGUGUUUUGAUUCGGAACAUCAAGUAUCAAGAGAAUGACGCAAGCGAGGAUGAAGACGAGUGCAAGACGGACGCGGAAGAGCAAGGAAGCAGGCUAGAGCGCGAGGACUCGAAAUGCUGCAAGUUGUCAGUGGACAGGACGGAGGAGGACGCGGGGAGCUGCUACUGCAGCGCGUCGCACACGGAGAACUGCUGCUCCACGGACGAGGACGCGAUGCUGUGGCGGGGCGCGGCGCCGCCGCACCUCAGCGACAGCGGGGCAGAUCUCUCGGAGCACGGUCCCCCCACCACUGCAGACGCGCACUGGGAGCACUUCUGGGCCGUCAACGGCGAGAAGCUCAUCUGGAGGAGCUGGAUCGCCAAGUACGGCCAGUACAUCGACCCGGAGUACCUGGCCAGGUACCAGCAGUCUGCCGCAGACGAGGAUGGUCGAGGGGAGGUGGGAGGAGAUGGCAGUUGUUUGCAGUCGAACAAGGAAGAAACACUCUGCAGCGACCUGAAGUGCUUGGAUUUGAAUGGUUCCGUGGUAGGUGACGAGACAAGCAACGGUCUGGAAAAUGAAAAUGUUGGUGCUGUUGAUGUACAAUGCCAACCUCAGCGGAACGGUCAAACUUUAUUUGAAAAUGAGUUAAUGCACAAGUCAAAGUCCACUCCAGAAAUAACAAAAGUGUCUUUUAAUGAGUGCGGGGAUGAUCCUGUCAUUGAGAAAGUUUUUGAUGAUGUGGGGACGAAAAGUGAGUCCUGUAGAGAGAAAAAACAUGGUGGAGAUUUGCUGGGGGAAUCCUCCGGUGUUGUCACUCAGAAAUAUGAUGGUUAUAAUUGUAUUAAAGUCACUGAUCUUGGUUCAUAUGCUUGUGAAACAAUUGGCAUCAGUCUUGAGAAAGGCACGGAGAGUGCAGACCAAACAUCGGGUGAUGCUUCGCUUCAUUCCAAGUCGGUAUCGUGUAGCAAGUCGCCGAGUUGGGACGCGGCCGAUGGAGACGGAGGCCUGAGCAGCGACUCGGGCUCGAGUGGUCAGUGGAGCCCGCUGUCUCCCAGAGCCAUAUACAACGGCUGGUCCCACUGCACGCCCCAGGAUGCUUCCGCGACCACGGACUCCCUGACCAACGUCACGCAGAUCACAGUUUCCUCCUCGGUGGACUUCAGCUGCGCCGACAACUCGGACAACAGCGACUCCGCUCUCUCGGCCCUGGACGGUAGCGUCGGCAGCUGCGGGGACGUGCCUGACCAGUGCGAGACGGACUCCUACUGGCAAAACCUGUGGAAGGACCACUUUGAGGAGCAGUACAGCAAGUAUCACAAAGCGUUCAGCCUUACUCACCAAGGAGACGCGCGACCCGUGAGGGAGGCGACGCAAGUGCUCGAUGAACUCUUCCCGUCUUCUUACGAUGACCCUCGUCUUCCGCCUGCCCGGGAGUCUGCGUGGGACGUGCGUUCGGAUACGAGCGGCAGGUGUAAGUUGCACACCUCGGACAGUACCAUCAGCACCGUGGUGGACUCUGACAAGUUGCAGAGUUUGCAAGUUAGUGAUUCGCAGGUGUUGACAGCACACACCACUGACCUCCCUGAAAGUGAAAACAGUUCAUGUAAGACUGAAAUGGAUUUUGCUGCGCCAAGCAACCUCGCGCACAUUUUGAGUGGUGUUGUGGACAGUCGACAGGAUAUGCUACCUCAAGAAUGUGAGAGUCAAUCUUGGAAAACUCCAGUCCAAGAAUUUAUUGAAGAUUCUGAUUCCAGCAACUCUGGAAAUCUACCUGAAGACCCUGUGUGUGAAAGUGGUGAUGAUUGUGGAAGUAUUAAUCCAGCACCUGAAGCAAGUGUGGAUGAAAGGGUAAUCUGUGUUUUUGGAACUAAAGGCAGCUGUGGUGCUGUGGGUGAUACGAACCAGGCGCCACGCUCACCAGCCUCUAUCAAGAAGGUUGAUGAGGCGAAACCAUCUUCACUGCUGGGGAAAAAGAAGGCCAAGAUGAUGCUGAACUCUGUGGGCGUCCUGUUGGAGACCCUGAAGACCCAGGGCUGCAGUUUGGACGUGCCAGACGCCCCGGUGGAUGGGGCGGCAGGGGGCAGCAGAGACGAGGGAGGCUCGCCUGGCCAGCCGUGCAGCGAGGGAGCACCCCCCGGGACGGCUCCGGAGGCCGGCCGGGGCCCUGCGUCGGUGCGUCCCAGCGGGGGCAGCAACUCCAGUGACGAGGAGCCCCCCGAGGAGAGACCGAUCAACCUCAAACGAAGUCAUGAAAUUGAAACAGACAGUGACUCAGAUCUGGACAAAGUGAAGUCUGCAUUCUCGUUGAUGGGGUACUCUUUCUCCCCGGACACAUGCAACUCGGCCAUCAAGAUGGAGAAAGCACAUGUGUGGUAUCGCAAGAAGAACAUAAAGUACCACAAUAGGCAUCUGAAGUUUGGGAAUCGACCCCAGAAAGAUGCGGAACAAGUUGACGGAAUGUCUACUUUGGACAAGGUGAAGCAGUUCCUGGCCGACGUGUCGGACGAGGAGGCCGGCCGGGACCGAGACGACCGAGACGACCGGCCCCAGGCGGCCUGCGGGGCCCGCCCCGGCCCCCUGGCCCGGGGGGAGAGCGUGGACGCCGACCUGGAGGAGGCGACGGAGGACGCGGACAGGAAGCAGCAGCUCAGGAAGAAGAAGAAGAGGCAAGCCAAGAGAGCUGCGAACCUGCCGGAAGAGAUAGUGCGGGACAGGACACUGAUGAAGUACUGGAUUCGCAGAUACCAGUUGUUUUCCAGAUUCGACGAAGGAAUAAAAUUGGAUGCUGAGAGCUGGUUCUCUGUGACCCCGGAGCGGGUCGCGGAGCACCUGGCGGAGCGAUGCCAGUGCGACGUCGUUGUCGACGCCUUCUGCGGCGCCGGCGGGAACACCAUCCAGUUCGCCCUCUACUGCGACCGAGUGAUCGCGAUCGACAUAGACCCGCGGAAGAUCGCGCUGGCCCGGCACAACGCGGAGGUGUACGGCGUGGCGGACCGGGUGGAGUUCGUGGUGGGGGACUUCACCGCCCUGGCCCCGCGGCUGGCGGCCGACGUGGUGUUCCUGAGUCCCCCGUGGGGGGGCCCCUCGUACACGGCGCUCGACCGGUUCAGCAUCGAGGACAUCCUGCCACCGGUGGGCGGGACGCAGCUCUACUCGCUGGCCAGGACGGUCACGGAGAACGUGGCCUUGUACAUGCCGAGGAACGUGAACGUGGACCAGCUGGUGAUGCUGGCUGGACCGGGAGGUCAGGUGGAGAUCGAGCAGAACUUCCUGGACCGCAAGCUGGUGGCAGUGACGGCCUACUACGGAGAGCUCGUGCACGAGUGAACCACAUUCCUCAGCCGGAGCUCGGCAGUUUACCACCACCUUGCAUUCAUGCUCAGUAAACAUUCGUUCCUGUGCAUUAUUGCACAACAAGCGUGUUCACGUUGCGCUACUUGCAAGUGGCAGGCCGAUGAUCACGGUUGUGAAAGAUCUUGCAUUUUUAACGUUUACAGUUGUGAAAUAAAUUAUGAAUGGUAUUUUGCAUGCUCUAGAUUAAGUUUAUAAAUUUUUUUUAUAUCCAUUGAUUUAAAUGUUUUGAUAAGUUGUGAGUUUUUUUUUUACAGAACUGCUCAAUUAAUGUAUUAUUUUCAUCUCAACUAUAAAGUACCAUAGAUUUGACCUAAUAUUAGAGACCAUACUAAACCACUGGUUUUACUUUUCCAGGGUAGCAUAGCUGCUACAGUGUUUUUUUUAUUGUGGUUUGGUUACUAAGUCAAACCCGAACAAGAAUUACACUUAGAGACAAGCGAUAAAGGUAUAAUCACUAAAUACUCACCUUAAGUGUAUGUUUCGAAAAUAAAUAAGAAUAAAAUUCUCAUUAUAAA